AAAAUUCCCCAGCGUCGUUACGUCUUCGUCCUCCGAGGAGUUCUCGUUGAUGGAGGAAGAGAAAGCAGCUGCGUACUACGACGAGCUCACUCGGAAGGGCGAAGGGGCCGCUAGAUUUAAACAAGGGCUUGGUUUCAGCUCCCAAUCGUCCACAUCCACCGCGCCUUCGAAGACCCGUUCAUUUCUCAGCAACUUCGUCAGGGCUUCCAGUCCCACCAAGGCCUCCCAGCUUGAGAAGCAAGCUCAGCUCGAAUCCAUUCAGAACAAGCUAAAAAAGAAACCCAAAUCAUGCGAAGAAAACUCGUCUAAAUUUUCCGACAGAAGUGAAAGAGAUUCUAGGGUUUCUGACAGGAAUGAUAAAGUUUCAAGAGAUAGGGAUCGCCAUUCGAGCCGGCGAAGCCGGAGCCGUGAAAGGAGAAGCCGGAGCAGGGACCGGCGGAGUAGAAGCCGAGAAAGGCGGAGUCGUUAUCGAUCAUCUAGUAGGGAUAGAAAGAGGAGGAGUAGAGAUGGGGAUAGGGAUAGUGAUGGAGAUAGAGAGAGGAGGAGGAGGGGUGGGUCGGAUGAGGUGGGGGGGCGGCGGAGGGAUAGAGGGAGAAGUAGGAGUUCAUCUCCGAGGGAGCGGAGAUUGGUGAAGGUUGGGAAAGAGAAGAAUGGUGGUGUUGACUAUGCGAGGUUGAUUGACGGAUAUGAUAAAUUGACACCUGCAGAAAGAGUCAAAGCCAAGAUGAAGCUUCAGCUUUCUGAAACUGCUGAAAAGGAUGCAACAAAGGGCAUGGGAUCAGGAUGGGAGCGGUUUGAAUUCAACAAGGAUGCCCCGCUUGAUGAUGAAGAAAUUGAAGCUGCCGAAGAUGAUGCAAUGUUAGUUAAGCAUGUGGGUCAAAGUUUCCGGUUCUCUGCAGUGGAGACAAGAAGGGAGGAACAAAUAAAGGCUGCCCACGAUGAGGCCAUAUUUGGACGAUCCUCAAUUCCACCAUCCAAUUUCUCAGACAAUGAACCAGAGGUGGAGAAUGACACAAAGGAGAGCAAUGAAAGUAGCCUUGGUACAAGUCUCAUAAGUGAAAAGGUACUUGCCAAGCAACAGGGUUCUUGGCGUGAUCGUGCUCGUAGAGUGUAGGAUCAACAAGUGGAUAUGAAGAACUGGUAAGCCUGGGAAAAGAAUUCGUCAUUCAUGACUACAAGUAGCAAAUGAUUGUGGGGGGAAUUCUUUUCUGAGCAAACAAGGAUUCAGUGUUAAAGCCAAAAAGAGAAGCUUUGAUCUCCUCGGGAACCAGCCCAGAACCAAGAACUUCCAUGGCAAUUGGUGUUAAUGCAAGCAUCUGGCAGAUGCCAAUGAGUGAAGUCCAGAUUGUAAUCAGCCAUCUUGGUGGUUACACUUCUAUAUUUAAUCAUCAGGAUUUGGAGUCUGAAAUAAUGUAGGUGCAUCCAUUUUAGGUCUCUCUCCAUAUGCUAAUUGAGAAUUUAACAUGGAAUUAGAGCUUUGCUUCGCCAGAGUUCAAAUCUUAUCUUAUUUAUUUCCUCUGUUGAAUGCCAUAUCACGUCUCCCAGAA